GUUAGCACAUAGCAAUAAAGAGGCGUGUUUGUUUAUGCGACCUAGAGGUGCACAAAGGGGCUUGAGGUGGUGCAUUUCCGAAUCCGAUCGACCAAAAUUUCCCGCCUUUCCAUAACCUUACAACGGAUCGAUUUAAAUUAUCGUCGCUACCCGAUUCGAGUUCCAGCCACCGGAGAGUUAUCGUAAUUCGCUCUCUAAUUACGGUCAUCGGUGGCGGGUUGUGAUUUCUCCAAGUCUUAUACUUCAUUUUCCAGCGUUAUUUUUUGGGUUUCUUUUUCUUUUUUCAGUCAUGGAUUCGUCCAAAGAAGAAGAUGUUCCCGUUUUUCUUGAUCGCUCUUCUCGGAUGACUAGAGGGAAGAGGAUGACCAAGUUGCUUGAUGAGGAAGCUGAGGAAGACGAGUUGUUUUGGAAUCAGGAUGCUCUCAGAGAGGAUGAGGUUGAUGACGAAUAUGAAGAAGAACCUGAAGUUGUUGAUGAAUUUGAUAGUGAUUUCAAUGAAGAUGAGUCUGAACCAGAGGAAGAAGCUGAGAAUGAAGCAGAUGAGAGACCACAAAUGAAAAAGCGAUUAAUAUUUCCUGGAAAGACUUCUAAGAACAAGAAUAAAAAAAGAGCUGUUUCCAAAGUUGAAAAACCUUCCAAAGAUGAAGCAUCAACUGAUCAGUCUACACCUCCUGAACAUCAUGAUACACCGGAUGAUACCGAAGUUGAAAGAACUGUGAGGAAAUCCACUAGAACUUCAGUUAUUGUUAGGCAAGCUGAGAGAGAUGCUAUUCGUGCAGCUUUGCAAGCCACAAUGAAGCCAAUCAAGAGGAAAAAUCCAGGUGAGGAGAAGAAAAUGAGUCAGGAAGAAAUGCUUCUUGAAGCUGCUCAAACAGAAAUCAUGAACUUGAGGAACUUGGAGCGUGUUUUGGCAAGGGAAGAAGAAGUCAAAAAGAGAGCAAUUGUGCAUAAAGCUGUGUACAAUGGUCCCCGAAUACAAUACUUGUCAAGAAAUGGUUGCUCAUAUCUAGAGUUUAGUAAAGGGUCAUCGUUUCAGGCAGAGCUUUCAACCACAUCAGUUCCAUAUCCAGAGAAAGCUGUGUGUGUGAUCACAGGUUUGCCUGCAAAGUAUCGUGACCCGAAAACAGGGUUGCCUUAUGCAACUAAAGAAGCUUUCAAGACAAUCCGUGAACGUUUUGCGGAUGAUAGUACGGUAGCCAAGGAAAUGGACAUGGGAGAAUUAUUUGCUUCACUUUCUGGUAAUGGAUUCUCAGCGAGGCGGAAGAGAUCAGCACCUCAAAAUAAAAAUGAAAUGUCCUACUUGCGCCACUUUUCUCGUUUUCGCCAAAUUCCAGUCUUCGACUCUGAUGUUUCUGAUUAGUUUUUCAAGUUGUUCCUGACGGUACGGGAAGGGAGAGAAUACAGUAUUUUGCUUUCGACAGGGGAAUAAGCAUAUUCUCGAAGACUUUGACUUAGGUUACCUUAGAAACCAUAGAACCGAAUUUUCUUACCCCACAGGUUCCAUGUCAAGAGAAUUUCAGAACCUAAUGCCUAAGGUUUUAAGGGUCAUUUUGGGGGUGCGGUUUGUGGUCUUAGCAGUUCCUACAACAAUUCACCUUACUGUCUUCGUCUAGUUUUAGUUUUCGACUCAUGUUCUGCUGAGUGCUACCAUUACUAGACAAAUUCUUAUUUUACGUACUUAGCCAUCUCUUGGAAGAUAUGUUCUUGACAAAGUUUCAGUUAUGUUCUCAACUUUACAACUGAUAGUUUCGGGUCAAAUUGACCACAAGCAUUCUUGAAGAGAGAUUGUUCUUUUAAUACUAUAUAAGCGUUUUUGUUUGGAUUA